AUGGAAGACGUCAAGUUGAUGGAUAUGCUGAACAACCAAGGGGAAGACUCCCUUCACAUUGAUGUUGAUCUGGUCAACAAGAAGACUGGGCGAUCCAUUGAAGAGCUGCUAUUGGAGAUACCGGACGAAGGAUUUGGGGACCCAGACCCUGAUGCUCCGAUCAUCAGGAAAGAGGAUGCCCCAGCAAGUACGGUUGUUACAAUUGUGGCCCCGGAGAAAGGGAAGGCUAAGGCGACGGGGUCACAGGUUUCCCGCUCGAAUGGGUCCUUGGAAAGUAGAGAGGGCCUCCUCCCUGGGGACAAAAGGAAAAGGCAGCACCGCUAUCGUCACUGGUGCAGGGACAAGGAAGAGGUGACGUAUACUGGCAGAGAUGUUAUGGGCACAGUUUCACAGGCCUUGUUUAAUGUCUAUACAAUCGAUGCCAGUGAGGAGGACAGGCAGCUGAAAGAGGAGAAGGAGGUUAUCAAACUCCUAGAUUGUGGGGUGAUCUACCCCAUUUCAGACUCCAAGUGGGUCUCUCCAGUUCAGGUUGUGCCCAAGAAAUCUGGGGUAACUGUGGUGAAGAAUGCUGAGAACGAACUGGUGCCCCAAAGGACAGUCACAGGUCACCGAGUGUGCAUUGAUUAUAGGAAGCUCAACGCAACAACAAGGAAAGAUCACUUUCCUCUUCCAUUCAUUGAUCAGAUGCUUGAGCGCCUAGCUGGACAUGACUACUACUGCUUCUUGGAUGGCUACUCAGGCUACAAUCAGAUUGCCAUAGCCAAUGAAGAUCAAGAGAAGACAACCUUCACUUGCCCCUUUGGGACGUUUGCCUAUAGACGUAUGCCCUUUGGCCUUUGCAACGCUCCAGGUACCUUUCAGAGGUGUAUGGUAAGUAUCUUUUCAGAUUAUAUUGAGAAAAUCAUAGAGGUAUUUAUGGAUGACUUUUCAGUCUUUGGAAAGAAUUUUGAUGAUUGUCUUAAUAAUCUGGAAAUAAUUCUCAAACGUUGCAUGGAAACUAACCUUGUACUUAAUUGGGAGAAAUGCCAUUUUAUGGUUAAGCAAGGAAUAGUUUUAGGACAUAUUGUCUCUGCUAGGGGAAUAGAGGUCGAUAAGGCCAAGGUUGACAUUGUGCGUUACUUACCCUCUCCCACUUCUGUGAGAGAGAUUCGUUCUUUCCUUGGCCAUGCAGGUUUUUAUAGGAGGUUUAUUAAGGACUUCUCCAAGAUUUCGAGACCUCUAUGUCAACUGCUCCAGAAGGAUGUGCCCUUUCACUUUGACAAGGAAUGUCAAGCUGCUUUUGACAAGCUUAAGGAGUUGUUGACGUCAGCCCCCAUCAUGCUACCUCCAGAUUGGUCCUUGCCCUUUGAGUUGAUGUGUGAUGCCUCUGACUAUGCAGUUGGAGCUGUUUUGGGGCAAAGGAAGGACAAACGACCCUAUGCCAUCUAUUACGCCUCAAGGACUCUAAAUGAUGCCCAAAUGAAUUAUUCCACUACAGAGAAGGAGCUCCUUGCAGUUGUCUUUGCCCUUGAAAAGUUUCGUUCCUACUUACUUGGUACCAAGGUAAUUAUUUAUACUGACCAUGCAGCUUUGAAGUACUUGAUGACCAAGAAGGAGGCGAAACCAAGACUUAUCAGAUGGAUCCUACUCUUACAAGAGUUUGACAAGGAGGUUAUCAAACUCCUAGAUUGUGGGGUGAUCUACCCCAUUUCAGACUCCAAGUGGGUCUCUCCAGUUCAGGUUGUGCCCAAGAAAUCUGGGGUAACUGUGGUGAAGAAUGCUGAGAACGAACUGGUGCCCCAAAGGACAGUCACAGGUCACCGAGUGUGCAUUGAUUAUAGGAAGCUCAACGCAACAACAAGGAAAGAUCACUUUCCUCUUCCAUUCAUUGAUCAGAUGCUUGAGCGCCUAGCUGGACAUGACUACUACUGCUUCUUGGAUGGCUACUCAGGCUACAAUCAGAUUGCCAUAGCCAAUGAAGAUCAAGAGAAGACAACCUUCACUUGCCCCUUUGGGACGUUUGCCUAUAGACGUAUGCCCUUUGGCCUUUGCAACGCUCCAGGUACCUUUCAGAGGUGUAUGGUAAGUAUCUUUUCAGAUUAUAUUGAGAAAAUCAUAGAGGUAUUUAUGGAUGACUUUUCAGUCUUUGGAAAGAAUUUUGAUGAUUGUCUUAAUAAUCUGGAAAUAAUUCUCAAACGUUGCAUGGAAACUAACCUUGUACUUAAUUGGGAGAAAUGCCAUUUUAUGGUUAAGCAAGGAAUAGUUUUAGGACAUAUUGUCUCUGCUAGGGGAAUAGAGGUCGAUAAGGCCAAGGUUGACAUUGUGCGUUACUUACCCUCUCCCACUUCUGUGAGAGAGAUUCGUUCUUUCCUUGGCCAUGCAGGUUUUUAUAGGAGGUUUAUUAAGGACUUCUCCAAGAUUUCGAGACCUCUAUGUCAACUGCUCCAGAAGGAUGUGCCCUUUCACUUUGACAAGGAAUGUCAAGCUGCUUUUGACAAGCUUAAGGAGUUGUUGACGUCAGCCCCCAUCAUGCUACCUCCAGAUUGGUCCUUGCCCUUUGAGUUGAUGUGUGAUGCCUCUGACUAUGCAGUUGGAGCUGUUUUGGGGCAAAGGAAGGACAAACGACCCUAUGCCAUCUAUUACGCCUCAAGGACUCUAAAUGAUGCCCAAAUGAAUUAUUCCACUACAGAGAAGGAGCUCCUUGCAGUUGUCUUUGCCCUUGAAAAGUUUCGUUCCUACUUACUUGGUACCAAGGUAAUUAUUUAUACUGACCAUGCAGCUUUGAAGUACUUGAUGACCAAGAAGGAGGCGAAACCAAGACUUAUCAGAUGGAUCCUACUCUUACAAGAGUUUGACAAGGAGGUUAUCAAACUCCUAGAUUGUGGGGUGAUCUACCCCAUUUCAGACUCCAAGUGGGUCUCUCCAGUUCAGGUUGUGCCCAAGAAAUCUGGGGUAACUGUGGUGAAGAAUGCUGAGAACGAACUGGUGCCCCAAAGGACAGUCACAGGUCACCGAGUGUGCAUUGAUUAUAGGAAGCUCAACGCAACAACAAGGAAAGAUCACUUUCCUCUUCCAUUCAUUGAUCAGAUGCUUGAGCGCCUAGCUGGACAUGACUACUACUGCUUCUUGGAUGGCUACUCAGGCUACAAUCAGAUUGCCAUAGCCAAUGAAGAUCAAGAGAAGACAACCUUCACUUGCCCCUUUGGGACGUUUGCCUAUAGACGUAUGCCCUUUGGCCUUUGCAACGCUCCAGGUACCUUUCAGAGGUGUAUGGUAAGUAUCUUUUCAGAUUAUAUUGAGAAAAUCAUAGAGGUAUUUAUGGAUGACUUUUCAGUCUUUGGAAAGAAUUUUGAUGAUUGUCUUAAUAAUCUGGAAAUAAUUCUCAAACGUUGCAUGGAAACUAACCUUGUACUUAAUUGGGAGAAAUGCCAUUUUAUGGUUAAGCAAGGAAUAGUUUUAGGACAUAUUGUCUCUGCUAGGGGAAUAGAGGUCGAUAAGGCCAAGGUUGACAUUGUGCGUUACUUACCCUCUCCCACUUCUGUGAGAGAGAUUCGUUCUUUCCUUGGCCAUGCAGGUUUUUAUAGGAGGUUUAUUAAGGACUUCUCCAAGAUUUCGAGACCUCUAUGUCAACUGCUCCAGAAGGAUGUGCCCUUUCACUUUGACAAGGAAUGUCAAGCUGCUUUUGACAAGCUUAAGGAGUUGUUGACGUCAGCCCCCAUCAUGCUACCUCCAGAUUGGUCCUUGCCCUUUGAGUUGAUGUGUGAUGCCUCUGACUAUGCAGUUGGAGCUGUUUUGGGGCAAAGGAAGGACAAACGACCCUAUGCCAUCUAUUACGCCUCAAGGACUCUAAAUGAUGCCCAAAUGAAUUAUUCCACUACAGAGAAGGAGCUCCUUGCAGUUGUCUUUGCCCUUGAAAAGUUUCGUUCCUACUUACUUGGUACCAAGGUAAUUAUUUAUACUGACCAUGCAGCUUUGAAGUACUUGAUGACCAAGAAGGAGGCGAAACCAAGACUUAUCAGAUGGAUCCUACUCUUACAAGAGUUUGACGUUGAAAUCAAGGACAAGAAGGGUAGUGAAAACGUGGUAGCUGACCACUUGAGUCGUUUGGUACAUGCAGAAGACCCUCUCCCUCUGGUGGAGACGUUUCCAGAUGAGCAGCUUUUUGGACUUCAGGUAAGUGAACCAUGGUAUGCUGAUAUUGUGAACUAUAUUGUUUCUAGGAAGAUUCCUGAUACCAUGUCACGUGCUCAUAGAGAUAGGCUUAAGAAAACUGUUAAGCAAUAUGUUUGGGAUGAACCUUAUUUGUGGAAAUAUUGCUCUGAUCAACUGAUUAGGAGAUGUGUGCCUGAACAUGAACAUAAUGCCAUACUUUCGUUUUGCCAUUCUAAAGCAUGUGGGGGUCACUUUGGGUCUAAAAAGACUGCUUUUAAGGUGUUAGAGUCUGGGUUCUUUUGGCCAACGUUAUUUAAGGAUGCACAUGCAUAUUGUUUAACUUGUGAUAGAUGCCAACGAACCGGAAAUCUAAGUUCUAGAGAUCAAAUGCCAUUGUCCAAUAUCAUAACUGUUGAAAUAUUUGAUGUCUGGGGCAUAGAUUUCAUGGGACCUUUCCCUUCAUCUUUUGGGUUUCUAUAUAUCUUACUUGCAGUGGACUAUGUUUCCAAAUGGGUGGAAGCAAAGGCCACUAGAACUAAUGACUCUAAGGUUGUUGCAGAUUUUAUCAAGUCUAACAUCUUUAGCAGGUUUGGAAUGCCUAGAGUUCUCAUUAGUGAUGGUGGAUCCCAGACAACCUCUGUUCAGGUCGGGAAACAAAGGGCAAUAGCAAAUGAGACUCCUGAGGGUGAGUCUUCUCAUGAUGAAGAUCCCGCUGAGGCCACUGCUGUCUUAGCUCCUCUGGCCGGCGGGACGUACAUCCCAGGUUUGGGGGAUGAGGCGAGCAGUGGUGGUCUCUUGAUUUCGGAAAUAGACGAGGCGAGCGUUGAGGCCGAAGGUUCUGCUCUCAGAGCUGCUCGUUUCCAACACUCUACUGAUGAACCUCGCAUUGAAUUUCCAGAGUCUCCAGCAGCUGAGAUGUCGGACCAAGCUAAGGGGGUCGUUGAGGGAAAUUAUGCUGAAGAUGAAAGAAUUGAGGAACCAAUCGAACUUCUAGCAUUGAUGACUUAUGAUUGUGCUGUGAAUCCUCCGCCUCUUCCUCCUCCUCCCACUAGGCUUGAAAAGCUAGCUUGA